AUGGAAGAUAAAACAUACGAUGACAUCCUGGCCAUCUCAACAUUGGUGUUUUCCUUGAACCAAAAGAUCAAUGACUCUGCUGAAACUUUGGGCAAGCUAGAGGAAACCGUGAGGAAACUUGCUCCCGUGGAGGAUCAUGCACGGUUGUUGAAAGAGCCACAAUUGCAGCUGAAGCUGAAUCCAGAUGGCAACGGAGCUGAAACGGAGUUGGACGAGAAGGAACUAAAGUUGAGACGGCUACAAGAAGAGCGCUUGUUGCUCGUUAUGGAAUUGCAGAAACAAGAUUUCAUCACUGAGAAAUUGAAAGAUAUCAUCGACCAGAAUCAAGAAGUGUUGGAAACGGUUAAGGAAUAUUUGGCUUCGCACGAUAGGAUAUGUCGAGAAGAUGAGCAAAUUGCAAAGAAUCGUCUCCAAAACUACAUUGAGAAUAGCAUUGAACCUACUUUGAAACAUUUGCAAAAUUGA